UCAGUCCACUCUCUAGAUGGCAGCCAAUUCUCUUAUGAUGCCAGCUCUUCGUUUCAAAUGAACCCACUCUCUUCGCAUCCUCCACGAACCCCUAGGACCUCGACUGUCUCCAACGGAAAUUCACUUCAUGGAACAAGUAUAUAUGAAACUCAAGAAAGAAAGGAAGAAGACGAUGACGACGAUGAGCAUAACGAGGAAAUCGAACAGGAGCAGACGAGCGCGACCAGAAUACGGAGAGAAGAGGUUUGGAGAGAAAUGGUCAAGACGAGUGACGGCAGAGACAAAACAUUCAAACUAAUACAAUACUCGAUUCGUGUUUAUCUGUUAUUCCACACGACAGCGGCAGCAAGUCGAUUUCUGAGAGCGUAUACCCGUCGGCCUUUCAUGCAGGAGUUAGUCAAGCGAUUGACGUCCACCAUGUCAGGACUGUCUUUCUCGAGAAAAACGCUCCUUCUCUUCAACUGGUUGAGCCCUUUAAUGACUAUAGUGGCCCAACGACAUUCUGUUCCUUUCUCCUCCGGCAAUCCGCUGCUACCGACAUCAAAAAAGCAGGAGCAGACCGUCUCGCUAUUACAGUCGAUACUUUACGCGCCACCGCCAGUGUUACUCGGCCUGGUCAAUGCAAUUGCGGACGAUUUGUACGCUCUGUCGUUGCUCGGAAUUUUAGGGAAGAAGAGCGGUGAACGUGCUUCGCGAUUCGCAGAUCGGUGCUGGUGGCUCGCUACCGUGGUAGGACUGGUAGAAAACAGUGUUGAGAGACAAGUGGUUGGAAAUUUGUACCAUGAAGUCGAGUCACGAUUAUACAAGGACUCUAUGUCCGGAGUAACCGAAAAGUCGAAAUCUACGGCAUCAAGGCUCGAAGAAAAAGAACUUACUCGACUUCAGAUACGCGAUUACUGGCUACAGAUUUCCCGGGCCAAACUCAUCAUGGACCUCGUCUUCUCUUCCUACGAUGUGUUUAGGAUCCAAAAGUUCAAGGAGCCGGUGCAGACAUUUACAGGGUUGGCAGCCGCAGUGCUCAGUUCCGCAAAGUUAUAUGAGCGACAUAAGGGAACGUUAUUGAAAAAACAGGGACAAUAGCCUGUCUCUACUUUAGGUUCAUCAAUAGUUACCACUAGUGCUUCAUUUUCCUUACUUAUGUUAGUGGAAUCUAUACCAGUGCUCUGUUUGA